AUGAGUAUGAAUGCCAGCCGCAAGGCACUGCUUCAAGUGUACAAGCAACUGUUGCGUUCGGCCGAGACAUUUCCGUCCUCGAACCGUAAACGCAUCUAUCAAGCGAUCCGGGAAGAAUGGCGUGAGAAUGCCGGCAUGGCGGAGCAAGAAGCCCAAGUCAAGGUGGCGUUGGCAUACAAAGGUCUGGGUCAAUUGCGUCAAUUCGAUGUCGAUACCAUGACGGGUGGCACCGGUGGCAACAAUUGGAACGUCCAGUUGGAACAGAAUCCCAUGCCCAAACCGGCCGAUUACGAUGAGAGGAAAAAGAAGAGGGGGCGGUAA